CGUCUGUGGUAAUUGUUUAGGGCCCUGCUAGGCUGACGAUUCGGCAAACAGACACGCAAAAAAAAAAAACCCAAAAAAAAAACCGAGCGACGCGAAAUCAAGCCUUCGACUCGCAUCGAUUUUGUUUUGGCUGAUUUUACUCCACCGCACGUCCGCCUCGGGUCUAGAUUUGCAGACCCGCUACUGCUAACGUGCGUAAUGUAUCGUAGAGAGGAAACACAGUAAAUAGACGGACACGUCCAUCUGCAAUAAAGAGGAAACGAAGAUGGUGACGAUGGCUUCACCAAAUUUAGCCUCCAAAUGCUCGACAGCAAUGGCGAAGCCUUCCCUCCCCCUGAAGCUGUUUCUCUGGGUGUUUAUUGUCGUUAAUCUCCCGAAAAGCUCCUGCCAGACUAAUGAAGAUGAUGAGGUGGCUAACAAGACGUGGGUGCUGACUCCCAAAGUGUAUGAGAGUGACGUCACACACAUCCUAAACAGCCUACUAGACGGAUAUGACAACAAGCUAAGACCUGACAUUGGAGUCAAACCGACGGUGAUCCACACAGACAUGUUUGUCAACAGCAUCGGUCCAGUAAAUGCCAUCAAUAUGGAAUACACCAUCGACAUCUUUUUUGCUCAGACCUGGUAUGACAGGAGGUUAAAAUUCAACAGCUCGAUGAAGGUUCUGCGUCUCAACAGCAACAUGGUCGGGAAGAUCUGGAUCCCGGACACUUUUUUCCGCAACUCUAAGAAGGCCGACGCCCACUGGAUCACCACGCCCAAUCGCAUGCUUCGAAUCUGGAACGAUGGUCGGAUACUCUACACCCUCAGGUUGACCAUCGACGCCGAGUGCCAGCUUAAACUGAACAACUUCCCAAUGGAUGAGCAUUCAUGUCCCCUGGAGUUUUCAAGCUAUGGCUACCCCAGGGAGGAGAUCGUGUACAAGUGGAAGAGGAGCUCAGUGGAGGUUGGGGACAUUCGCUCCUGGAGGCUCUACCAGUUCUCCUUCGUGGGCCUGAGGAACACCUCUGAGAUUGUCAGGACUGUCUCAGGAGACUAUGUGGUGCUGACCGUUUUCUUUGACCUGAGCAGGAGAAUGGGCUACUUCACCAUUCAGACCUACAUCCCAUGCACCCUGAUUGUUGUCCUUUCCUGGGUGUCAUUCUGGAUCAACAAGGAUGCCGUACCUGCCAGGACAUCAUUAGGCAUCACCACCGUGCUGACCAUGACCACGCUGAGUACUAUUGCCAGGAAAUCCCUUCCAAAAGUUUCCUAUGUGACUGCCAUGGACCUGUUUGUGUCAGUGUGCUUCAUUUUCGUCUUCGCCGCACUUAUAGAGUACGGCACGCUGCACUACUUUGUCAGCAACAGGAAGCCCAGCGCCAAAAAAGACAGGAAGAAGAAAAACCCGCUCCUCCGGCUCUUUUCCUCAAAGCAGACACCCACGGUGGACAUUCGUCCACGCUCGGCCACAGCCAUUCAGAUGAACAACGCCACGCACAUGCAGGAGCGAGACGAAGAGUACGGUUACGAGUGUCUGGACGGGAAGGACUGCACCAGCUUCUUCUGCUGUUUCGAAGACUGCCGCUCCGGAGCCUGGCGGCACGGCAGGUUGCACAUCCGCAUCGCCAAGAUAGACUCGUAUGCACGCAUCUUCUUCCCCACUGCAUUUGGUCUCUUCAACCUGGUCUACUGGGUGUCAUAUCUCUAUCUCUAGGCCUGGAUGUGUAUCCAGCCUAAUCACACAGCUCAUUACAUUUCUACAUAUGCUCUGUGCCAGCAAGGGACAUUUUGAAGGAGGGGACCCACUGAAAAACCCACCGAUUUGAUUUAAAGCAUUUCCUUUAAUUCCUUAGUUUUAAUCUCUUUUUUUUUUGUCAUUUUAUUUGAUAACUUUGACAGACAUUGCAAAUGUUGUAGCAUUCCAUUUUAACUGGUAUGAGGAGGUUAGUAGAUGUUGUGAGUUGUGAAAACAUUGAUUGUGUGAGCAAUUAAGAAGAACCUACGUUUAGUUUUUAUGAUUUGUAUUAGAUGUUUCCUCUUCAUUUCUUCUCAAUUGCUUCAUUUUUUUUGAAAAAUACAUUCCUUCCAUAGAAAGCAAUUUAAAUAAAUAGCCGUUGAAAUCACAGCAAACACCUACCAGAAAAUCUAAAUGACAUUAAUUAUGUCUUAUCAUUUCAUUUCACUUAACAUAGUAAAACUAAAGCACUUUAAUAGAGCUGUUUUAAAAAGUGAUGUUCAAUUAUUAUUAUUUUUUUUAGCUUUAGUGUUGGCACAAUUAAACAUUGAAUUUUUUUCAGGUGUGGUCAGAGAGAGAUGAUGCUGUUUAUGAACAAUGCUCAACUGUACAGACACUGUAUAUAUUUUACUAUUACAUAGUGGUUUACAUUUAUUGCAUGCACCUUUCAGGCCAAAAAUCAACAUCUUUUAUGGUCUUCUAUUGUUGGCUAUGGAAAUAUAAAAAAAAAAAAGAGCACUGUUUAUUAUCAUUCAAGAUUUAAUUAUACUAUUUUCUAGGAAAAUUGGAAAAUUAAAUGAUAAAAAUGUGCCCGGUUUAUCCUUUUAAGUUGAGGAAUCAUCUUUGCAUACAGGUGGGAUGAUCAGCCCAGAGUUUUAGGCCAGACAACUUCUCAACUAAUCAUUUUCCUCGCAGCUAUUAGCUAACAGUACAGGCAACACUGACCUCUCAUCCUCUCGCCCCUAUUUGCUGUUAAAAGCUUGCAUUUACAUAACGACACACUGCUGUUGCAUUUUGGUUAUGCAAGCUUUUACAAGAGAAACUGUACUAAAACAAGUUAGCCUUUCUUAUAUAAAAAAAAGAAGCACGUUUUGCCCUUUACAUUAGAGAGUGAUAACUGCAGCUGCAUAACCAGCGGGUGAGUUUCAAAUGGAGAAACUAAUCUACACUUUAAUGCGAAUGUCAAUACAGACGGCUGUUGGGUAUUUUUGAAAAUCCCUGAAAUGGGAUAGGGUUCAUUCUGUGUUUCAUUCUGUUAAUGUUGAGCAACAAAAAAGAACCCUGAAAAAAAUAUGAAUUGAUAUGAAAUAAACUUAAGUAUAAAAUAAAAAUAAAAAGCAUCUGCUUGUGUCGAGAAGAGAUGUGUAAGCCUUAUUAUCGAGCGUCUCACAUCCCGUCUCUUUAUGAAGAAACACAUUGCGAAUGUAAAUGAUUACAUAGUGAGGAAAUUGAUUCACUGGCCGGGCAGAAUUUCAUUAGUUUUUUUUAUUAUUUGCUUUGACUUUUUUCCAUUUAAACUAGCUUUGAAUGCCGUAAUGUUGUGUGAAGGGAGCGGAGAACACAGCGAAAGCAUCUGAAUUGUAAAUGUCGUGUAUGAUAACAUGUAACACACAUUAAUUACGACCCCUUGCAGAUUACAAUUUUGAUAGACACCAGUAUGCAACAAAUGGAGACAGUGCUUCAGUAUGAUUUGUAAACUCACGAGGAAUGGGUGUAAAUCACAUUGUUUAUGUACAUAAAUUAUGAACGGAAGAAAAACACUCAUCAAGCCCUUGGGAUUUUGUAAAAGGGAAUAUAUUUUGUAAUUUCAGCAUUGUUAUGGUAUAUCCUCAUACAGUAUAUUAGACUUAUUGUAUCAUGCUGAACUGACCAUGUAGGAUACUUGGGGGUAAUGGGGUAUUUAUUUAUUUAUCCAUUUUAUGGUAUUUAUUUAUUUAUUUUAUUGAGAGAAAAAAAAAAUAGCAGUAUUUUAUGUUUUAAAAUAGCCCCUGAAAAGAAACACAGAAUGCUGUCAUUUAUAUCAAAGAUGCAUUUUUGUUUGAUGUGUCAAUGGAGCUUGAGCUUAUUUAUCUUGUGUUUUCUAUGUUGUGAUCGAUGUACACUACUCUCACAAAGGCCUGUCAAACUGUUAUCUCUGUUGAAUUAGUGAGUUGCAACAUUACUUGUUUUGCAGCUUCUGAGUAGUAGACUUGAAUAAUUUCAGGGGGGAAAAAAACACAAAAAACAGUUCCCAAGCCACCAGAAGAAGAACAUUUGCUUGUCUAAGUGACUAUUGAUUAUUUCCACCUCCACAAGGGAUUUCAUUGGUCAUGAUAUUUGCCAUCUUUGAUAAAGCAUCAGUGAUGAUACUACCAUUAUGCAUUUAUUACAAGAUUAUCUCAUAUUUCCUGCAGUUAUUUCCCUUUUGUAUUUAAUGGUGGUCCUGUUGUGUUCCGAAGCUGCCACUUAGUAGUCUGUCUUUCAGUGUGCACAUACUCUAUCUCUCACAUUUCUUUUUAGGGAUGUAAGUGUGUCAAUAGCAACGUAGACUGGUCAUCAUCUGUGUUCUGUAGUUUAAAGAAGUGUAAAAGAGUGAUUACAUCUUAUCAAGUGCCAAACUGACACACAUGCAAUAGAGAAUAUCAAAUUACAAUAUCAUUUGUGAUACUUUUGCUGCCUUGAAGAAAAAACAUAUGCGAAAAGUGAGUGUUUUCUUGAAGGAAAUGCUAUACAGUGAAAGUUAGACACACUGAUUCCCUCAGAUAUUGUUAUUUCUAUGUUUUUUUUCUUUUUUCUUUUUGUAAAUGAUACAGAACCAAAAGCAUGAGUACAAUUGUUCGAAUGUAGACCAGACCAAUACAAACAAAUGACUGUAUCAGAGUGAACAGGAAGACAUUUCUGAUUCAGACUGAAUCUGACGUCAUCAGUACGCUGGGUUUGUAAGUAACCGAGCAUGUCUGUGUUUGAACAGUGGUGCAAAAAAAACAAACAUACUUUAAAGGUAUAUCGUUUCUUUUUUUCAUGAUGGUAAAAGCUUGUUUAUCAUUUGUUUCUUAUAUUUUGUGUGCACUCUACUGUAAAUGCAUAGAUAUAAAGGUGUAUGGGAGAUACUGUAUAUGUUCAGUAGUGUACAUGUUGGAUAUGUUUUCACAAUUGGGACAAAUUCAAAACAUCGUUUCAUCUGGUCUCAGUCUUUUGCCUGCAUUGACAUGGACUUUUAUUACACUGUACUUUUUUUUCUUUUGGACAAAGUGAUUUUAUUUAUGUUGGGACCCACAAAUGAGACAUAUAUGUGAACAGCACAUGUAGAUAUUUUCUAUUGUUAUGUAUUUUGUCAAACUACAGAAAACAAAAUAAUAUGCACUGGAAUUACAGAGCUCAAAGGUAUCCAAGAACAAAAUAAAUUUCAUAUGAUCCUCAUACAUACAUUAUGUUUGUUGUUUGCCAUCUAUGUAUAUUUGAGUAUUGUAUAAAAGGGGCACUGAUCAAUUCUGUUAGGGUCUGCAUAAUAUACUAUACAUGUACUGGAAAAAAUCCUUUUCAUAAGGGAAUUGCACAUAGCUGUGGAAUUUUACAAUAAAAUGGUUGCAUUUAUCAGUGUG